AUGUCAAAAUGUCAGGAGGGUCGUACGAGGUGGGGGCGACAAGCCACAUGGGACCAUCGUAAUGUGUCGAAUAAGCAUGUUUUUGACACUUUCGGCAAAACUUUAGAGAAGUGGAAUCCACAACAAGAUUCAUGCUUGUCUGGUGGGCGAUAUUCUCAUGAACGUCCCAAGCUAAUUAGGUAUGAGAUUGAAUAG